AUGGCCGUGGGUGCAAAUUGCAGUGGCGAUGCACCCGAAAUUGAAUGGCCUUUAGUUACUUCCGCUGAGUUGCCUACAGUUGCCAUCGAUUCACCGUGUACCGGAACGUCUAUUGCUACGUUGAUGACACCUGUAGCAGCCUCCCCUGUAGAAGACAGCGAGAUUGAGACGUCGGUAUCCGUAGUCUCGUCGUCUUUGCUACGGUUACAAAAGAUAGAAGCCGACUUGCGGCUUGUGGUAACGGAUACGGUAACCUGCGUUGGCCGUAGUGAUGAGAGGACGGACUCUGUUGUGGUGCGAUUGAAAAGUCAGACGUAUAGAUGA